GUGGAGAAACCAGGACUCUGUCCCAGCUGCGACCGCCGCUGUCCGGCUGCUCCACCAGCAGCGUCCCGCUCCAUCACCACCACCACCACCACCACCACCAUCAGCAUCAGCACCACCGAACAACCGCGUCCGUGAGGCAGCAUCGUGAAGAUGGCGACCGGCUCCGGUUGGCAGCCGUAUUACUGCCCUGCUGCCGGGCCGGGGAAAUUUACCUCCCCCAUAGCGUCCAGCUUCCAGCCCGGCAUCACCCUGGAAUAUACCCAGGACCUGCACCUGAAGAUGAGCAAGAAGAUCGCACAGCUAACCAAGGUUAUCUAUGCGCUGAACACGAAAAACGACGAACACGAGGCGGCCAUCGCCACCUUGAAGGAGGCCCACGAAGAGGAGGUGCAGCAGAUCCUCUCGGAGACCAGAGAGAAGAUACUGCAGUACAAGAGUAAGAUCAGCGAUGAGAUGGACCUGAAGAAGCGGAUCCAGUCUCUGGAGGAGUCCAUGGAGCUCCACGAGAGGAUGAAGAGACAGGCGCUGGCCGAGUUCGAGAGCUACCGCCAGAGGGUGGAGGACAUGCAGCUGUGCACCGAGGCUCAGCACACGCAGCGGGUGGUGUCCAUGUCCAGGGAGGUGGAGGAGAUGCGGCGGUCCUUCGAAGAGAAGCUGCGCACGUUCAGCCAGGCCCAGGCCCAGUUCGAGCAGGAGAAGCAGGCGGCUCAGGAGGAGCUGAAGGGCCAGCACAGGCAGGAGAUCCAGGAGCUCCUGCGCAGCCACCAGAGCCACAACGCCAACUACAGCAAAGACCAGGAGAAACUGGGCCAGCUGCACAAGGCUGAGGUGGACUCUUUGGCGGAGCGGGUGGAGGAGCUCAAACAAGACAAAAAGAGACUGGUGGAGGAGUACGAGGCCAAACUCAGCAAGGCUCAGGCCUUUUACGAGCGCGAGCUGGAAGCCAUGAAGAGAACGCAGCAGCUGACCGCCGACAACCUGUUGGCAUGGAAACGCACCGAGUCCGAGCUGCGGCGGGAGUUCCAGAGUCAGGAGGCGGCUCUUCAGAAGACCCUCGGGAAGCUGCGGGCCGAGCUGGUCAGGGUGACGGAGGAAGCCCGGGAGAACCGGGACAAGUCCCACAAGCUCCACUCGUCUCUCAACACGGCUGAGAGCAGCGUCAAGGACUUAUCCAGGCAGCUGGAUGAGGUGACCCAGAACUCGGAGAUUGUGGAAAUCCGUCAGAAGGAAGCCGAGUGCGAACUGGAGGCAGCCAGAGACCGAGUUCAGCAGCAAGCCACCGAGAUACUGCUCAAAGCCAGUCAGAUCAGCAGCCUGCAGGCCACCCAGAUGACUCAGGAGGCGGCCAUCAGGGACCUGGACAACGAGCGGAGCCGGCUGAAGGACAAGGUGCUGAGGAUAGAGGAAGAGAGGGAGGCACUGCAGAGCCAGAGCCAGGCCCUGGACGACAGGCAGAAACAGCAGAUCCAGUCCCUGGAGAAGACCCUGCACGAGGAGAAGACGUCCCACGAGCAGGACAUGAGCAACAUGCGGGUCCGACACGAGGAGGAGGGCAGCCAGAUGAAGGAGAGCCAGACUCGAGCUGUGGAGGAAGUGGCCAAGAAGCACAGAGUGACCCUGGAAACCGCUCUGAACAACGCCGAGAAGGAGAAGAACCGCCUGCUGGCCGAGCUGGAGCAGCAGUUUGAGAGAGAGCGCCUCCAACUGGAGGAGCACAAGACGCUGCUCCGGCAGCAGCUGGACGAGCUGAAGGACGAGCUGACCUCCAAACUCAGCGCGGCCAAUGAGGAGGUGUCUCGGCUGCAGGGGAAGCUGCAGCAGGGGGAGCAGGACAUGGGAACAGCCGAGGGACAUAUCUCCACCCUGAAGGAGGCGCAGGACAAACUGCUGGAGGAGCUGGACGCCACCAGGGCUCGUCUGAGAGAGACCAGCAACCUGCUGUCCGCGCUGCAGGGUGAGUUGGAGAUCCAGAAGCGUCAGCAUGAAGCUAAAAUCAUCACCACCAAAGAAGAAGAGAAACUGAAGAUGGACAAAAUGGCUCUGGAGCUGGAGCUGAAAUGGACCGAAACACUCAGGCAGGAGUGUAAGAAGCUGCGCGAGGAGCUGAGAGAGGAGCACGGGGAGGACAAGGCCUCAGCUCUGGCUCAGCUGGCCCAAAGCAAAGAGCAGGAGCUGGGCAGCGCCAGAGAGAGCUGGCAGAGGAAGGUGGAGGAUCUGCUCGAACAGAUCUCCUUGUUGAAGCAGAGUCUGGAGAUGCAGCUGUCCCAGUCGCAGUCGUCGCUGCAGCAGCUGCAGCACCAGUUCACCCAGGAGAGGGAGCACCUGAGGAUGCAGCUGGACGAGCUGCAGACGGAGCACCAGAGGCGACAGCACCGUCUGCAGGAGGUGCACUGCUGCGCCAUGCAGGACCAGGAGCGCUCCAGGCAGCGUGACCUGAAGGAUUUGGAGGAGCGUCUCCGCCAUCAUCACCAUGCGGAGCUGCAGUCGAUCAGAGAGGCUCAUCGCCACAGCCUCGAGACGCUCAAGCAGCAAUCUGAGCAGGAGCUGCAGACGCUCCGCUUCGAGCUGGAGGACGAGGGCAAGGCCAUGCUCGCCUCUCUGCGCUCGGAGCUGAACCACAUCCACGCGUCGGCCAUCGAGCACCUGAGACAAACCCACCAGCAGGAGGCCGCCGCUGCCAAACUGGAGCUGGAGAAGACGCUGGACAACAACCGGACACAGGAGCGCGAGCUGCUGGGCCGGAUCACUGAGCUGCAGGAGGAGGUGUCCAGGAGGAAGAGCCACAUCGCUCAGCUGGACCACCAGAUCCACACGCUCAACGAGAACAUCAGCACCCUGACCAAAGAGCUGGAGCUCAAGGGCAAAGAGGUGCUCAAGAUCCGCAGCGAGGCCAAUCAGCAGAUAAGGGUUCAUGAACAAGAGCUGAUGAAGAGGCACGAGCGGGAGCUGGGCGAGAUGAACGCCGUCCACAGCCGAGAGACGCAGAACAUGCUGUCAGACUUCAACAAGGCCCAGGAAGUGCUCAAAGACAAGAUCUCCGCCCUCCAGAUACUGCUGGAGGGAUCAGAGGAUAAGUUCAGGAACAGAGAGAGUCGUCCUGAAGACCUGCAGAUCAUCGCAGAGCUGAGAGACAUGGUCUCAGAGAGGGAGUCCCUGGUGAAGAAGCUGGUGGAUGAUAAGAAGUUCUACCAACUGGAGCUCGUCAACAGGGAGACCAACUUCAACAAAGUGUUCAACGCCAGCCCCAACGUAGGAGUCAUCAACCCGCUCAUCAAGCAAAAGAAAAAGAAUGAGAAAACCGCAGCCAGCAGAUUGAGCAGCUCUCCUAAUCUCAGGGCUCUGGAGGCGGCGGGCAUGGGCGUGGGCGUGGUGGGUACCGGGAGCGCGCCCCCAGCCCCGCCCCCGCCCCCGGCCCAGCCCGGCCGUCUAGAGCCCAUCCCCAACUCCCCCCUCCACCACCUUGAGUUCAACUCCAACAAACCUCUUCCCCCGCCGACCCCUCCCACCGAACCCAAGAAGUUCAUGAGCCCUCCUGAAACUAAGGACGCCACCAUCGACUCCCCGGACGCUCAGCGCCAGGAGUGGUUCGCUCAAUACUUUUCCUUUUGAUUGACCACGAACCUGCAAACACGAGGAUUCAGCAUGUCGACCCAACUUAAGAAAAAAAGAGAAUAAAAAACAGAAAAAAAAAUGAGAAAAACUGUUAAAACUAUUUGUUCUUUAUUGUCAUUGGUUUGGGAUCAAUUCACUUUGGAUUCAGUCAACGGAAGCUGUGAGAGGAGGAGUGAUGAUUGAUCAUCGAUCUGCCAAUGACACGCUCAGAACCUGAUGUCAUUCGUUUUCACGCUGGUAGAAGUGAGGAUUCCACUUCCUGUGGUUGGCUGAGGUGAAGGUGAAUUGAACCUGACGUCAUCACUGAUCUGAUUCAACUGCUUGAUUCUAUCUGAUUGUUUCACUGUGGACGAGUUUCUCUCUUAGUUACAGUGACAUCAGUACGUUCGAUGUUUAUUUCAUUUCUUUACUUCUCAACUUAUUUUGCAGUUUCUUUUGGACUAGAGAAUAAAACGAGUGGUGCAUCAUCAUGCUGCUAAUUGCCAUUGUUGGACUACAGUAAGAAGUAUAUAUAUAUAUAUAGAUAUAUAUAUAAAAAGAAAUCUAUGGUAGGUUAUUGUGCUCUCUUCGUACGUGGGCCAACUGCAUACAGCCUGUCAGAGCUGGACGGCUGAUCCAGGACCAGCUCGCCUCCUCAUUCACGGCGACAUUUCACACGGGCCUGACCCUGGAUCAGCUGCGGAGCUCUGACCUGCUCCAUGAGUUAGGACGAAACCAUCAUGGCCAGUUUGUUACAGCUGCAUAGAAGUUUCAGCAGAUUUUGGUAGAAUAUUAAAACCUGUUUGUAUGGUUGUCUGUCUCAACACAGAUAUAAUGAUGUCUCACCAAUUUUAAAAACAAAAAUAGCAUAUUUUAUAUUUAUAUUAUAAUGUGUAUGCUUAAUAAAUAAUUAUUGUGACAUUUU